AUGCCGGGCCUAGUCGAGAACAAGCCUCGAUUCAGGACUGUCCAGCAGUUUGAAGCAGACUAUGCUCCCGCCAAGUUCUCUCAGUAUGAGUCUACGCGGACUGGCAUGAGGGUCGUCGUCGUUGACCGAAAAGGCCCCAAGGUCAACGGCUACUUCGCUCUUGCUACCGAGAUUCAUGAUGAUUCAGGUGCUCCGCACACCCUGGAGCAUCUUUGCUUCAUGGGCUCGCGAAGCUACAAGUACAAGGGCGUUCUUGACCGUCUGGCCACGAGAGCUUACUCAAACACGAACGCCUGGACUGCCACUGACCAUACGGCCUACACCCUGGAUACCGCAGGCUGGGAUGGCUUCGCCCAGAUCCUCCCCGUCUACCUCGAACACGUCUUGCUCCCGACGUUGACCGACGAGGGCUGCUACACCGAAGUCCAUCACAUCGAUGGCACUGGCAAGGAUGCCGGUGUGGUUUAUUCCGAGAUGCAAGGCGUGCAGAACACGCAGGGAGAGCUCAUGGAGCUUCAGGCCCGCCGUCUCCUUUACCCUGAGGGCAACGGCUUCCGUUACGAGACGGGCGGCAUGAUGGAGCAGCUGCGCGUGCUCACUGCAGACCGUAUUCGCGCAUUCCACAAAGACAUGUACCAGCCCAAGAACCUGUGCCUCGUCAUCACGGGCGAAGUGGACCACGACAAUCUGCUCUCCAUCUUGGACAAGUUCGAAGACAGCAUCGUGGACGCCAUGCCUCCACUUGACGCACCCUUUAAGAGACCGUGGGUCGACUCCGGCCCGACGCUUCCUUUGUCCAAGACUAUCAUCGACACCGUUGAGUUUCCCGAAGACGACGAGUCUACAGGAGAGAUCUUGAUUGGAUUCUUCGGCCCCAAGUGCAACGACAUUCUCAACGGAACGGCAAUGGACGUGCUCCUGACCUAUCUGGCCGAGUCCUCUGUUUCACUCCUCGAGAACGUCAUCGUCGAGAAGGAGCAGAUUGCGAGCGCGGUCUACUACCAGACAGACAACCGCCCGGACACGGUCGUGUGGUUCACACUCAGCGCCGUUGCCACCGAAAAACUCUCGGAGGUUGAGAAGAGGUUCUUCGAGAUUCUCAAGGAGGCGGCGUCAAAGCCCGUCGACAUGACGUACAUGUCCGAUUGCAUAGAUCGGUUGAAGAAACAAGUCAUGCUCACAACGGAGAAUUCGCUCGAUAGAUUCGCCGACGCCAUCAUCCAAGACCACCUUUUCGGCAAGCGAGACGGUUCAACUCUCUACGACGGCCUUCAUUCACUGAAAGUGUUUGAGGCCUUGAAGAAGUGGACCGACAAGCAGUGGCGAGAGUUUCUGUCAAAGUGGCUCGCAGACGCCCAUCAUGUGUCCAUCCUGGGCGUCCCUUCGCGGAAGCUUUCCAAGAAGCUGAAGAGUGACGAGAAGGCUCGCGUGAAGGAACAACGAGACCGUCUCGGUGAAGAAGGGCUGAAGAAGCUCGCCCAGAAGCUCGAGGAAGCCAAGGCCGAGAACGACAAGCCAAUUCCUCCUGAAAUCUUGGAGUCGUUCAAGGUUCCUGGAGUCGAGUCGAUUCACUUCAUCCCGACAACGACUGCUCGUUCCGGUCUCGCCAAGAAAAUGGGCAGCCUCGACAACGACAUCCAAAGGCACGUCGACGAGGACAAGAGCGACAUCCCGCUAUUCAUUCACUUCGAAUCGAUUCCCACCAACUUUGUCCACGUGAGCCUCGUCCUUUGCACAGGUUCUGUUCCCCUUCAACUAAAGCCCCUUCUCACCGUCUACAUCAACAACUUCUUCACGACCCCGAUCAUGCGCGACGGAGCCCGCGUGGAAUUCGAACAGGUCGUGACAGAGCUUGAGAAGGAUACUGUCACCUACCGGAUCGAUGCGGGAUCUUCUAUUGGAAACUCCGAGCUCCUGCGCGUCAAGCUGUCAGUCGAGCGCGAGAAGUACGAGACUGCCAUUAAGUGGCUCAAAGACAUUCUUUUUAGUAGCGUCUUCGACGUGGAACGGCUGAAGGCUACUCUCACCAAGAUGCUGGCCGACAUUCCGGACGAGAAGCGGAGUGGCCACGACAUGGCCUAUGCCGUCGAUUCCAUGCUACAUUACGCAUCCAUCUCAUCUAGCCGUACGCAGAACACGCUGGUCAAGGCACUCUACUUGAAGCGCAUCAACAAGCUGCUUGCGAAAGAUCCUGAUGCCGUCAUCGGCCGCCUGGAGGACCUGCGCAAGAGCCUGCUGCGCUUCUCGAACAUGCGUGUUCUUGUCGUCGCCGACGUAUCCAAGCUCUCCAAUCCCGUAUCGGCGUGGAAGUCCUUCGUGGCCGAUCUCGAUACGAAGCAGUCGCUUGCACCGCUGGACUCGCGCAAGGAAGCCCUCAGCGAGGCGGCUAAGAACCCAGGUCAAUUCAACUACAUCGUCCCCAUGCCCACCAUCGACUCCUCUUACGCGCUCUUCACCGCGCGUGGGCCCGACUCGUACCAGCACCCCUCGCUCCCCGCCCUCAUGGUCGCGCUUGCCUACCUCGAGGCGGUCGAAGGACCACUCUGGGUCGCUGUGCGUGGCACUGGUCUCGCGUACGGCACGUCGUUCGCGCGCGGCACUGACACCGGCCUCCUCGGUUAUCGCAUCUACCGGUCGCCUGACACGUUCAAGGCGUACAGUACCAGCCGCAGCGUCGUUGAGGACUUCAUCUCGGGCGUACGACCGUUCGAGAAACACGCGCUCGAGGGUGCCAUCAGCACUAUCGUCGAAGGCUUCGCGGACGAGCAGCCCACCAUGGUGUCGGCGGCGACGCUCGGCUUCGUUAACCAGGUCGUCAAGGGCAUCCCCAAGGACUGGAGCAAGGGUAUGCUAGAAAAAGUGCGCGAAGUGGGCGUGGACGAGAUCAAAGCGGUGCUAAAGGAAUUCGUGCUCCCCGUCUUCCUGCCGGGUAAGGCGAACGUGGUCGUCACUUGCGCCACGAUCAUGGAGGAAGACCUCAAGAAGAACCUCGAGUCCGUGGGAUUCAAGCCUGAAGUCCGCACCUUGGCAUCCUUCCAGGACGAUUACGGGCUCAAGCCUGAGCCUGGCGAUGAAGACGACGAGGCGGAGGACGACGGCGAUGAAGAGGACGAUGACGAUGAUGAAGAUGAUGACGAAGAAGGCAGCGACGAUUGCACCGAGGAUGACGAAAGUGAAGAAGAGUAA